AUGCAAGAUUCCAGAACAGUCACUGUUAUCAUUAACUUAUACGACGAAGUGCUGUAUAGAUUCAGAGGACACAGCACUUACUGAUUAGUGAACACUAAGAAUGGAACUCCUGGUUAACCAAGGUAAAGAGACAAGCAAAAGAAAGUGGUUGGUCGCAGCCAGAAAGAUACCGAGGCUUUUGGCUACUCUCUCGGACUAAAUACCAAAGAGACUCUUCCUCCGUCCUCACCCCCGUCGUUCACGGCCAUAUAAUCCCAAUGUAAUCCUUUUUUUCACUCUCCAUCUAUUUUUUCUCCUCAUUUCAUCAUUUAUAAAAAAAAAAAAAAAUUUGGUUUCAUUACAGAGCAACCACAAAAUGCCAAUCUCCAACCGUCAGGCUAUCUACGCCAAUACGCCCUCCCCGGCCAUUGACCCCUCCUUGUCCACGGGCACUUUCAAGAUCAACACUGUUACCAUCCCAGACAACAUUCCCGAUGACAAGGUCCUGGCUCGCGUGCACUACCUUUCGCUCGACCCGGCUAUGCGCCAAUGGCUUACAGCCAAACGAUCCUAUAUCGCCCCUGUCGAGCGAGGCAGUGUUAUGCGAGGCCAGAGCAUCGCACAGGUGAUCGCCGUUGGGAACAACAUCAAAUCCAAAUACCAGGUUGGUGACUGGGUCAUCGCAUACUCUGGGUGGCAGGAAUAUGCCCUGCUGAGCCCCAAGGAGGCCGAAAAAGUGGUCGUUCCUGCUGGAUGCAGUCCGACCGAUGCCAUGUCGGUGCUGGGCAUGACAGGGUUGACGGCGUACUUUGGCAUGAUGGAGGUUGGCCAGCCAAAGCCUGGUAAUACCGUCGUGGUGUCGGGAGCCGCGGGCGCAACGGGCAUGGUGGCUGGACAGAUCGCGAAGAUCCAAGGAGCCAAGAGAGUGGUUGGCCUGGCAGGCAGCGCUGAUAAGUGUGAAUUCUUGGUCAAGGAGUUGAGCUUUGAUGCGGCUAUCAACUACAAAGACAAGGACUGGAAGAAGCAGCUGAAGGAUGCCACCCCCGAAUAUAUUGACGUGUUCUUCGACAAUGUCGGUGGUGAGAUCCUCGAUGCGUGCUUGUCCCGGGCUGCACGGGAUGCUCGUUUCGCGAUCUGCGGUGCCAUCAGCCAGUAUAACUCGGCCAAGCCUCAAGGGCCUGCCAGCUUUAUGACUGUCAUUUCGCAACGGGUUACGAUGAAAGGCUUCAUUGUCUUCGACUUUGCUAAGAAAUACCCAGCUGCAUUGAAGGACCUGGCGACCUGGUUGACUCAGGGAAAGCUCAAGCGUAAGGAACAUAUCAUCAAGGGUGGUCUUGAGGCUGCUCCGCAAGGCUUGGUGAACCUGUACCAGGGUGCAAACACUGGCAAGAUGAUGGUGGAGAUCGCCCCAAUCAGCGAGGCUUUGGGCUCUCCCAAGGCUAAGUUGUAGACAGCUGGUCUGUCUUCUGCAUUUAUACUAGGCGUUUUGGAUCUAAAUGGGUAUAAUGUUGAGUAUUUUGAAAAAUCAAUGAAUCUUUUGGAAUAUAGUACCAUAUUGCCCUUGUUCUCAUGUAAUGUUCGUUAGUAUGGCAAAACACAAGUCCUCAUAUUUAUAAACACUGCACCAUGGGCACCACAACU